AUGAAAAUAGUAAAGGCAAACCAUUUGGUGGACUCACAGUUGCUUGUAAUACCAAGGGGAAAUCGAGCCGACAUUGUGAAUGCCGCACUAAAUUCAUCUUAUCUGUGGCCUUUGUUCAAAGUAUACAAGCUCAAUGAGAAUAAGCAUUUGCAAUGCAACACUUUGUCACCGACAGAUAUAAUAAAUCUUAAGGUGUUUGACUCAUGGAUGUUACAAAUCGAAAGUGGCACAUCCUACGAUGAUGUAACAAAUGAAUUGCUAAAGUUCCCUGCUGGCAUCUUCCCAGAAACAAUUGGCAACUCGGUUGAAUCAGUGGUUGAAAUGAUAUAUCCUUCUCUCUUGGAAAACUGUAAUAGUAUUUCAUAUAUAACUGAAAGGGCAAUUCUCACGCCAAAAAAUGAUAUGGUCCAAGAAUUGACCACAUUUAUCAUGGACAUGCUUCCAGAAGAAGGAAAAACAUAUCUAAGUUCAGACACAGUUUGCAAAGGAAGUGUACAAACAAAUGAUGAAGACCUCCUUUAUCCAACUGAAUUGUUAAACAAUUUGCAAUUCAAUGGCGUACCAAAUCACGAGAUUUUCAGCUAA